AAUGAAAUGGAUAAUAUUGAAUAUUCUUUAUAAGAAUCAACUAAAAAUACCCAUUAACCAUAUGCAUAGAACUCAUAAGGAAGAAGAAAACAAACAGAUAUAUCAUAUAACAUUAUCAUAGUUACUAAAAGAAUAAUAAAUAUUCUUAAAGGUAAAUAUUUAUAGUGAAAUAGGAAUUCAUUUUAUAUUCUGAAAUAUAAUUAAAUGCCACAGAAAUCAAGAACUGUGGAAUUAAAAUAGAAAGUUGAAACGAACAGUAUAGACACAAAUCAUAUUAGAAAAAAGUGAAUAAAAAGAAGAUCAAAUCUUCAGCGAACAUCAUAUAUAUCUUCUGAUUUCUCCUUAACAAAAGUAUAAUUUUAAAAAUGGCAAGUUUUAUUGCAAAACAACUAAUCGGAAAUCAAUUGGAUUCAGUAAAAGGUGCAUUAGGUGAUAAGAAAGACGAAGGUGAAGGUGUUUUAGGUGGACGUAAAGAAAUUGAUCCAGAAGUUGAAGCGGCAUUACGUGAGGCAGAAGAGAAAAGAGAAGCUAAACAUCGUAAAAUGGAAGAAGAACGAGAAGUGAUGCGUCAAGGUAUCAGAGAUAAAUAUGGUAUUAAGAAAAAAGAAGAAGAGGUUCCAGCUGAUUUCGACUUUUCUAGUCCUGAAGGUCGUCUCGGUCGUAAACGUAAAACUCCAGCUGAACUAGCGGCUGAGGCAAAUGAAGCGGAAGAUGAAAACAUUUUAACAAGUAUGUUACCAGAAAAUAUGAGAAAUAUGGCUAAUAAAGUAACUGAAGUUCCAGGGAAAAUAAUUUCAGAAGCUAGUGAAAAAUGUCUUCUUAUGUGAUUAUUAUCAUCUAAAAAACGAAAAAAAAUCAAAACUAUCAUAUACUUUUAAACAAAUAUAAACAUGUAUAAUCAUGUCAAUAUAAAUCUCAUCAAAAGUAAUUCUGGCAUAGUCAGUAUAUGCAUACAUGUCACUAUGUUAAACAGACCAUAGUAAUGAUAACAAGAAAGAACUUCAUUAUUCCUGAUUGAAUCGUUUAUUUAUUUAUUGAUUUAUUGAUUUUAUUCUAAUAUUGUAAUACAAAACUGUGUGACCAUUUCAAUACAUUAAAUGAUUAAUUAACUCCUUCUACUUAUAUAUAUAAAUUAAAUUAGUGCCUGAUAUUGAAGUUAUUCAUGUAUGUUUAUUGUAUACAUAGAAUUAUCAUCAUAAAUACAAAAAAAACAAAGCAAUUAUAAACCUUAUCUGCACAUAUAUAUUCCAUGUGUUUAAUCUUUGUUUAUUAAUAGUCUAUUUGUUUAGUUAUAUCAUAACAAAUUGUAUGUAGAAUAAUAGAGAUUUCAUUGAUUACGUAACUAACUAACUAACUAACUAAUUAAUUAAUUAAUUAAUUAAUUAAAUCACUUUUCAUUAAUUUUAAUUUCUUUCUUUCAUUGAUUUCUUCAAUUAUAUAAUAAAUUAGUAAAUAAACUCAAUUAUAAUUUAAUUAAUUCAUUAAUUGUAUCAUUUAUUCAUGCAUACAAAUAUACAAUCAAAACAAACAAUUAAAUAAAUAAACUGUAAUAAUUGAAUAUAUUACAUCAUUAUAUUCAUAUUUCAUUUCAUAAUUUUAAUUAUUUUCUAGAUUGAUGAUUACAUAAUAAUUGACUAUUGAUUUUGUUUAUUUAUUUCAUUUAUUUAUUUCAUUAUUUAUUGAUUCAAACUAUUUGAAACGUUUAUUAUUCACAUGACAACCAUAAAUUAAUGGAAUUUAAAAUCAAUAUAAAAAAAAGAAAAAAAUCAAAAAAAGAGAAAAAUAAAAAAAACUAUCAUAAACUGUGAACCAUGCAUAAUUCGAAACAAUGGCGGAUUCAUUCUAUUUGAAAUUUUAAACAAAAAUGAAUGACCCAUUGUCUGUUCAUAAACAAAAAUAUAUAUUUAUUAUUAUUAUUAUUCAUUAUCUUAUAUUGUAUUUUUGAAAUAGAAAUAUAUAUAU